AUGGCUCUAUCGAAGAAGCUUGCUUCUUCAUCUAUGUUAUCUGAGGGCAGUCUUGCUGAAAGACGUCUGAGGCGGGAGGCUCGGUUUCGACCGUGGCUAACUGCCUCAGCGUCUGGAAGCACCAAGAAGGCUGCAUCCUCCACGACUGCCCCUGCCUCCGGAAGCACCACGGCAAGACCCGCUGUGGCUGUAACUGAGAAGAGAGUGGUUGGUGUCGUGUCCGUUACACCUCCUCCUCCCUCGCUUGUGCAAGUGACAAAGGCUGCUAAGGCUUUUGCUGGCUACAAUCGGGAUGCUGCUUUCGCUUGCGGAAGCCGGCUCCCACGACUUGCCGCAAAACCUUGCACCUCUGUCUCGGCCCGGGCAGGUGAGACAGGAAGAAGGGAAGAAAAAGCCAGUGGUGUAACUGGUGAGGUCAAAUCGCGCCCGUCUCCAUAUGUCCCUUCGAAGGAACAGGCAUGUGAGAAACGGACUGUUGCUGCUCCUGCUGCGAAGCCCCAUGGCUAG